GAUGCGCUCAGCAUAAUUAUAGACACUACCAGAUUCCAAUAGACCGGCGAAGGUAAACGCAACUUUAUUCAUGCAUAUUAUAAAAGGACGAGUCAGGACAAAUUUUGAUUCUAUUACAUUUUCUCUAUAAUGGUGACACCUAUUCUUCCCUACCGCGAAUGAAUUACAUAAUAUGUGAAUGCAGACCUUAUACUAUUGAUUAAUGCUAACGUCAUAUUUAAUUAUCACAAUUAGAUGUUAUAUUCGCCAGUCUAUGGAAUCUAGUGUUUAUAUUGAUUACGUUAUUUUUUUUUUACUUCUGUUUAUUUACAUAGGAAAUUGACAUAAACAUUAUUUUGGCGAGAACCAGCGAAGGACGGGACCUGAUGGAGAUUCUUCAGGAGAACAAAAAACCGAACGACAAGACAAUUAAACGGAUUACUCACUUUCUGUGUGAGUUUUUGAAAUCAAACUACGGAGUGCGCGCAUCUACGUUUUACAAAGAUCUGGUUGCCAAAUCGUUGGUUAAAUCGUACCCAAUACUGGCGUCAACGGUUUCAGAUGUACCACAUGCAUUGUGGUUCUACCUGAACGGAAGAGGCGAUGGGAAACAUGCUGGUAAAAUCCAUUACCAUAUGGAGUACCUGGCUAAACAAGCUGACACACGAGUGUUCCGUAGGAAACCCACAAAAGUUAAUGCAGACCGGGAUGAUCUUCCGAGCACUGAACCGCCAGAAAUCGAUCUCUACUCAAUGGUAGAAGAACUCAAGUUUGUAGUCCCAGUGCCUGAAAACCGGAAGAAAAUUGAUGAGUUAUGGGCGGCCACUUUCAACUACCGGUCACAGUACAGGGCUAAUCAGGACUUUCAGUCUUUCCUCGAAGAAUUUCCAGUUAGUACGGCUUUUGAAGGAGAAUUGGUGCAAUAUGAUUUCGAAAGGAUUUUCAACAAGACCGUGGAUUUUGAAGGACAAUGGCAUACGUGGCAAGAAAAAUUGCUUAAAACGUACAAACAUCUGUUUCGAGAAAUUACCAGUGAUUUCUUGAGAGCACUUGCGAUCGUGCGAUCCAAAAAUCCAACUCGAGGGUCGAAGCGUGUACACGACGAAGAUGCUGUGAAGGAUAAUCCUUUGAAGGGGUUGAUCACCUGGAUUAAGCUGGACGACCCACUCCCCACCGACCAGAAGAUUCCGGUUCUUGUCAUCAGAGGGAAUACCAUGUCUGAAGGAGAACAACGCUUCGUUUCAUGGAACGGCAUCAAUAUGCCUGUUGGCGGUGAUAUCGUCAGAGCAUUCAGCACGUUUUGUCAAUGUUUCGAUGUAUUCCGGACCGCAUGUGCUCCAAGCGAUAAACAAUUCAUUAUGUUUUUCAGGGCGAUUGUUUUCUCUGUUGAUAAAAUUUCAACAACAGGGGAGAAGUUUGUAAGAUCAUUGCAAGAAUAAGUAAGAAAAACGAGUAAAAUCUGUAACUAUUCGUAAUUUUAACACAAAAUAGCAAAUAUGUAUGAUGUGUAAGAUCAUUGCAAGAAUAAGUAAGAAAAACGAGUAAAAACUGUAACUAUUCAUAAUUUAAACACAAAACAGCGAAUAAAAAGUAUUGGUUAAAGAGUCUAAAUUUUUUAUUACAAAACAAAAACCAUUUUGUUUUUUAAUAUUUAUUGACGAAAAUCAGUAAAAGCAAAUUAUUUGUAAAUAAUGGUUUACCGAGAUCACGGUAAUGGUAUGUUUUAUUUUACGAAUUUUCGGUAAAGAAAAAGCCGACAUCUCGGCAAACAAUUGCCGAUAUGCCCGGUAAAAUUUGACAGAUGAACUUUAGAAACAUUUGCCGUGUGCUCGGCAUUUUGAACUUUUACCGAAAUUUUUAACGAAAUCUCGGCUGUUGGAUUCUCGGCAAUUUGUUUUACCGGCCUCGGCGAAAUAAUUUAAGU